UGUUCAUUUCCGCCUCUGCGCGCCAGACGCCCUCUUUCAUCACCGCUGAUUGUCCGUUGGAGCGUACGCGGGUUACACAAAAACCAACUAUAUCUUGAUCACGCUCAUACACUUGCGAGUCCGAACUUCUAUGAAGGUCGUGGAGAAUCACCGGCGGUGCAACUCAGCACCCAAACGCAUAGCUAUGCUCUUGAUAUGCUUCAUCGGCCAUCCGAGAUGAUAUAUGUGUAUUGGUCUCGCCUCUCAGUCCGCUCCAUUUGAGUGGUCGUUCGCCAUUAGUCGCCCGCUUUCAACAUGGACUUCGCCAGCAAUCAUCUCGUCGUCGCAGCAGCAGGAGUGGCCCUGGCCAUACUUCUCCUGCUCAUUCUCCUUCGCAGAGCUUGUACUGACUGCUCGCGCGGCGAAAACAUACCCACCAUCGAAGGGAAUGGCAUCCUUGGACCCUACGUCGGCGCGGUCAAAUUCCUCUUCGACUCUCCAGGGAUCAUCAGGCAAGGAUGCGACACCUACAAAGGUCGCACUUUCCGCGUUCCGGAGCUCACCCACUGGACCGUCGUCAUCGGGCCCUCGCUCGUUGGCGAGUAUCUGCAGCUGCCGGACAAGAAGGCGAGCCUGCAAGAGGCCGUCAACGAGAUGCUUCAGGCGGAAUAUACGAUAGGCCGGACCGUCAUCUCAAAUCCCUUUCAUAUUCCCCUGGUGCGCAAGCUCGCAAGAGAGCUAGACGGCUUUGUCCCCAGCGUGCACGAAGAGCUUGUGCACGCUAUUGACCACGGUCUUCUACCUUCAGCAGGAGAGUGGAUACCUAUAACUGGCUUUACGUUCAUCUUGCGCGCGAUCUGCCAGGCCAGCAACAGGGUCUUUGUUGGCUCGCCUCUAUGUCGGGACGAGCGCUUCACUAACUUAUGCGUGGGGUACUCGGAGGAGGUCGUGAAGGUCGCCGCCGUCUUGAAUAUGCUGCCUGUUUGGUUGAAGCCAUUUGCAGCGCGCUGCUUUGGCAUCCGCCGUUAUCAUAGGGAGGCCGCCACGCUCCUCAAACCACUGAUUGAGGAGCGGCGCGCAGCUCAGGAGGGCACCAAGCGGAACGACAUCCUGCAGUGGCUUGUGGACAGGGCGAGCGCAGAAGAGAGCGAUACGGAGAGCCUGGCACGCCGUGUCUUGACGCUUAGUUUCGCAGCACUACAUACGACGACGUUGACUUUCACACACGCGCUCUACCACAUCGCCGCGAACCCAGCAUAUGCCGAGGCCCUACGAGAGGAGCUCCGGACGCUGCAACCUCAUACCGAGUGGACGAGGGCUGCGCUGAAUGGGCUGCCACGCAUGAACAGCCUUUUGAAGGAGACUCAACGCUUUGAGGGCUUAGGAUGCUUAUUCCUCGCGCGAAAGGCCCGCGAGGCGUUCACCUUUUCGGACGAGACAGCGAUUCCGAAGGGAACCUUCAUGGCAGUCGCGGGCACUGCGGUACACUACGACGCAAACGCCUUCAACGACCCGACGGUGUUCAAUCCCUGGCGGUUCGUGCCGAACAGUGGUAACGGAAUGGGUAGCGCCUCCAGGAAGUUUAAGGACGACCGUGACGCUACACAUCCGGCGGCCGUUGAUAUCACUCAGACCUCGCCGACACACCUCGCCUUUGGGCACGGACACACGGCGUGCCCUGGGCGCUUCUUCGCCGCGCUCGAGAUGCAGCUGCUCCUCGCGCAUCUCGUGACGAACUACGAUAUCAGGUUCGCUGGCGAUGGGAGACGGCCUGCGAACAGGUGGUUCUCGAUACACUGUGUGCCGGAUCCUGGGGCGAAGCUCUUGUUCAGGCGAAGGAGUCAUUAAUCACAAUGUGUAUAGUUAUUCGGAGUAGGGUAUGCAAUGGUAUACAAGGAAAAAGAGUUCGAGG